UAUUGAGUUCCGGAAGCUCCAAUGGUUCCGCGAAAGCAGACGGAGACAUGAGCGCCGACAAUUCUUGUUCGGACGGAUCGAUUCCCCUGAGAAACCUGCUGAAUUCUGUCCGCUGCAUUCGAGACCGGGUGAAAGAUGGAGAGUCUAACGAAUCAGAUGGGGAGUUUAAUUUGCCUAACUUUUGGGACACGCUGACACAAGCAGCGAAAGCCACUUCGCAAGAAGCCACAAAGCUGAGCCUUGCCUUCUCAAAGCCUCCACUGCCUUCUCUGCAGGAUGGGGAGCGACUUGCAGAGUCAAUCCAAAAAACCAUUUUGGCUCUAUCCACUGUGUAUUACUGGUUCCCCAAAAGCCAAGGCAUUACGCUGCGCAGAAUCAUCCGUGAUGCCACAGCUGAGGUGUUGGAUGGGGUUGCACAGCUUAUAGAUGUCAUCCUCACCUCCCCCCUGCAGAGCUUGUCUCAGGAGCAGCUUGUGUCCACAGGCGGUGUGUGGUCGUCAUGUGACCAUUUUGCUCACCUCCCCAAAGACAACCAAGAAGCCGUGCUGAGCAUGUUGGCUUCCUACACUGGAGUGGUCAAGGAUGCUAUAGAAGAGAUGGAGCAGGCACAAACAGAAUCUCAGGACCCCUUCAGCGAUGUCUUGGAUGAUGAGGAGCUCAACUCCCGGGGGAACCAGGACACGUACUGGUCAGAGUCAGACCGGCAGCUCUUGGCACCAUGUCAGGGCCUGAUGAAGGCAUCUGCAGCGUGCCUGAGGAAGCUGUCUGCUGCUGUGAGGUCGAAUGGGAAAGUGGAUAGUCCAGAGAGCAUUGCACAGUUGGAUGAUCUCGCUGACAUUGCCAAAGACAUAAGCCCCAGCGUUGAUGACCUUGCCUUAAGUCUUUACCCACCAGUGGACUAUUCAACGGUAGAGCUAAAUGCAUGCAAGCUGGCAACUGUGUUGAAGAAAGUCCUUGAGAUCACACGGGCGAGCCAUGUGUGUCUGGAGGCCGACCAGAGCUGGGUGGAGUUCCUGGGCGGGGCAGUGGAGCACAACCUGCAGAAGGCCAAGGCUCUGACACAGGGCCCCAGCUGAGCCAGUUUAUCUCUGCUCUGAUUCCCAUGAUGCACCUUGUGUGAUGCAUGUACAUUGUGGACUUUUCACACAGCCAUGCAAAAAAUGAGUUAUAUUUGCAUUUUGUCGGUAUCCUCAAUAGUCUUCACUUUGUCAGGACAAUUCAAGUGGUAUAAAUUGUGUAUAACAGCAUUGAACUUUUUUGUAAUGCAGAAUUUCAUGGUGCUUUUCCCUUUUGAACAGAACCUAAGCUAAAACCUAAGUGAUAGUUGGCGGUUCUUCAUAGUGGUUUAUUUGAGGGAAAUCGCAGUAAAUUUAAUUCUUACUGUGGGCCGCAUGGUGGCACAAGUGGGUGGCUCCUUGACCAUGGACUCAGAUCUGACUCAGCCCAUGCAGGGUUUGCAUGUGUGCACAAAUUAAUGUGUGUGUGUGUGUGUGUGUGUGUGUGUGUGUGCGCGCGCGCGCGCGCAGGCGAGCAUGCAGUUGCCCUUCAGCAGGUUAACCCUCAGCCCCAGAGUGUGCCCUACUUCACUCUGUGCAUUUUGGAUAGGCUCUUGCCUGCUGCAGCUUUGCAUUUGACAAUUGGUUAUCAGUAAUGAAUAAACAUGUUUUGGUGAAAUGUUUGAAACCAAUGUACUUAUCUGGAAUUAAUGACUCCAUGAUUGUGAACUUUGAACAUGAUAAACACAUGAGACAUGGAUAUUGUAUGGGGGGGUUAAACUUGAAUUAAAAUAAAAUUAUACAG